GUCGCCACGUCCGUCCGCGCUGGGGGCGGGAGGACGAGGGGCGUGCACGCGCGCGUCAACGGACAGACUCGGGGACGCGGACCCGCCCAGAGCGUGUGGAAGCCGGGCGGGAGCCGGGCGUUCCUGGACCAGCUCCCGGAGGAUGAACGCGGCCUGGGGUCUGGGCCGCCGCUUGCUGUGCCUCCGCUGCCGUCGCCGAGCAGACCAGGAUAGGCUUACGACAGAACAUUGUGGUCUUGCAGAAGCUGAAGCCCAGUGCCCCUCACACCAUCACCCUGUCCUCCCUGUAUCCUGAUGGGGAAGGAGGUCAGAUGACAGGAAGAGGCAACACCGGUGCCAAUCCCUGGGAAUACCCAAUUAUGCCAUUCUGAGGAAUCUGCAGCCGGAUACCUACCCCAUACACCAUUACAGUGGUUCCCAUUUAUCCUGAGGGUGAUGGAGGGCGUACACCAGACACUGGAAGGACAUGGAAAUCCUCCACACUCUGAUUCUCCUUAUCCAUCCUGGGUCUGAUGUUUAUGAACUUCUGUGGAAGCUUCUUCUUCUUGUUGUCGCCUGGGAUGUUUCCAGUUUCCUCUUGUUUGUCUGGAGGACCAUCCGUUCUGUAAAGCCUCGUGCAUCUCAAGUUACUUUAAAGCAGAUGACUGAGCAGAUCAAGAAUUUGGAGAACGAAAAGAGAGAACUUGCAGAAAAUAUAUCUGCUUGGGUGCAGAAGACCAACAAUGCAAUGAAAUGCUUAGAGGAGACCAUCAGGCAAAAGAAGAUGCCCUCUGAGGAAGCACUGAAGUUUAAGGAGAACUUGAAAACCACUGAGAGGGUGAAUGAACAUUUGAAUGACGUUCAGAUUGCUCGAGCUAAGCUGCAGGCAGUGAGGGACCAGAAUGCCAAGAGUCCACACUUGCCAGGUGUUUCGAAGACCAGAUCUGAGGGUUCGAUGCAGCGAGCUGUGACAACUGGAGACUGCAGCCUGGAAGAGGGUAAAAAGAAAAUGCAAGACCACCAUGCUGCAUCAGGAUCUCCGAAAGAACGUGAGGAAGACGGUUUCCAAAGGCAGGUGAAGAAAGUACGCGUCCUUGAUGAAAUCAGUGGACAGAGAUCUAUGGACACUGAAGGGAAGGUGGACAUGAACGGAUGUGGGCUGGUGGGAAAGCAGCAGCUGUUGGCAGCAAAGGAGAAGGCAGAAUUGGCUGAAGAGGAGACAAGAUGGUACAAGAUAAGACUUGAAGAAUGUCACGGGCAAAUGCGGGAAGCAGAGAUCACUUGGAGACACCAGGUCACUCUUGCCGAGAAGAAGGCCCAAGACAGCUCGCUCAGGGCUCAGGAGCUGGAGAGGGAAAUCUCUGAAUUGAGAAGGGAAAACUCUGACCUGAGAAGGGAAAACUCCUCUGAGCUGAGAAGGGAAGUUGCCCACCUGAAACAGAGAUUGGAUGCAAUCUGCAGAUGGAGGCAGGCAGAGGAAUACAUGAGGCAGGAGCCCACCCCAGGAGGACCGUACAGGCUGCACCCUCCCCUGAGAGCUUCAGGGCUGGGUGGCACCCCUGUUAGGAAUGGCACCGCCUUUCCGGCAAAGGAGGCAGAGGAAACCAAAGUCACCCCGUGGGCCGGAGGGCCCCAACCUUUCCAAGAACCAGCCUGCGUGGCCUGUCCCGGGUGCGGCCCGUCGUCGCCCAGCUGGGCACCUGCACCUGGUCCCCCUUGGUGCCCUGUGCAACCUCGCCCCCCACCGCCAGCUGCUCCGCUCGAUGGUGUGUCAGUGCAGCACUUUCCAGAAGAGAGAGGAAGAGAAUCUUGCUGGGACGAGGAAGGGGCGGCUGAGCCCGAAAUCAGAAAACCGGAAUACGCUAGUGGGGCUGUAGGAAUGGCUCCGCAGGAGCUGACAGAUCAUAACACACUGACCUCAGAUGGUGGAGCACACGGAGGUUAUUAUACACUGGCCGACGUGGGACCUGGCCCGGCUCCGGUGUGGCCCGGCAGCGCCCGCCCACCUGCGGCGGCCCCGGAGGCCCAGGUCACCCCGUGGGCCGGAGGGCCCCAACCUUUCCAAGAACCAGCCUGCGUGGCCUGUCCCGGGUGCGGCCCGUCGUCGCCCAGCUGGGCACCUGCACCUGUUCCACCUUCGUGCCCUGUGCAGCCUUACCAGUCCCCGCUAGCUGUCCCGCCCGAACCUCGUGCAGCUGCUGUGUUCCCUGGUAGCUCCCGCCCGUCUAGGCGACCACACAGGCCCUGAUAAUUUGGGAGAUCGUGCUCGGUGGAAUUCUUUCUGGGAUAUGUAUUCUUUUUGUUUUUGCAGCAGCCUCUUCUGGCCUCGUCUGCAUACUGUGUGUUCUGUUACGGGUCUGGCAUGUCUUUUUGUUUUCAAAUUCAAUCUCUUGCCCAGGGUCCAUUGGCUUUUCCUCUCAGCCAGUCACCUUGAGUGUUGCUUGCAAAAGGCAUCAGUGAGGGAGUGCAUGAGGGCUGAGUUCCUCAGGCUUUGACUGUGUGUUUCUUAAAAUAGCAUAAGAAUGGUGAGCCCUUGCUCCAUACUGACUUCUCCUGGCUCGGCUAACUCCUUUUUACCUCCUUCUCUUGUGAUUGCUCCUGGGUCACUGAGACCGGUUCAUGUUGUCAUUCUUGAAUGGUUUCCUGAUUCAGGCUGGGGGAUUCUCCUCUGUAGAAUGCCCAUUGAAUUACUUGUAACUGAAAACUGAGUAAAGCCACCCCUCCAGCCUUACACCGUGUGGUUUGUGCAACUUUGAGUCUUCCUGAGUGUGGUAAAUAUCACAGCCCAUCAUUGUCUCUUCUGGGGAGGUAAAGGUGCCUUCCCCGCUGCCUCCAGUUGUAUUCUUGGGCAGAAAAGCCUGAUUCUCUGAGAUGGUGCAUUUGUAGUAGGGAAUAGAGGCUGGAAGGGAAAGAGCCCACAGUGAAAAUGCCUACUUCCCCGCAGGACCAAUUUGCACCACAGUCCUGGCAUCAUGUUCUCCAUCCCGCGCUGGGUCGGUUCUGCCCUGGAAGCUGUCAGAGCUGCUUCUCUGUCUCAACACACACCGUGGGAUUUUCCACAUGAGCUAAAAUCCCGUUGGGUGUUAUUUGCAGGAUUGAGACUUCCCCCUUCCCUUUCCCAUAGGGCAAACGUAGUGUGCUUUUCCUAGCGAACUUAAAAUCCAGACAUCCCUGAGAAUAAGGAUGAUUGUAGCGGAGACUGACUCCCUUCUGAGGACAGCCUUGUCCCCUCAGAAGCACUUUGCCAGCUCCCCCACAGGACUGCGGGAUGCCCAGCUCCUCAGAGCUCAUUGCGCCCAGGGGCAGCUCCUGCAUGGCAGAGGAGGGCCCUUUGUGAGCAGGGAGUAGAGAGGGUCUGGCAGGGUCCUGCAGACAGAGCAAGUACCCAGGUGCGGCUCUGAUUCUAUGUGUGGGAAACCAGGCCUUCAUUUCCUUUCUUUCUCUGUUUCUGGUUCAUGCAGACCAUGCUUCUGUGGAGCUGGGGAAGGUGUCAGGGUGGGUUGUCCUGCACAGAGAGGCUUCCUGUUUGGGAGGUCCUACUUUAUCAAUUUGUUGGAACCUCUGUGCAUCAUCUCAGGCAGGACUCUCGCCUUCCUCCACUUACAGACACCGGCGGCGUCGUGUGGCAACAGUGUUUUAUCCCCAAGGUCGAGUGUGUGGCCCUGUGCUGCUGUCUGGGCACCCGAUGGACGGGAGGGUGCCCGGUGCUGACAGCUGCUGCAUUGAGUUUCAGGUUCUGUAGGUGUUGUUCCUUUUGUCUAUCAUCCAACACAGCUCCCUCUCCUGUUCUGCAGGUCACUGUGGAGUCCCGAUGUCCCGGUUCUUGGGCAGGAUCAUUUGGUGUGUCUUGCCCGAUGGGACACCCAGCAUCAUUACUCAGAGGGUACUCGUCACCGCCACCCCCACCUCUGUUGUGGCCAAUUUGGUCUCAGCCACCACCACCCCCACCACCACCAGUUACAGCAGUCG